CCUUCUCACAAUCUCAUAUACUACUUUCCCUCUAUUUUAUGUUUAGUUUUCGUUUCUCAAUGGCGAUCUACGCCAUAACCCUAAUCUCCCAAACAUAACCGUUUUUAAUUUCUCAUUUGAUCCUCCGAUUAUUCGAUCUUUGACACCGCCGCUCUAUGGCGACUGAAUCUGCCGUGAAAGGACCUCCGUCGAAUAGUCCCGGUGAUUCGUACAUAGGAAGCUUCAUAAGCUUGCUUUCCAAGAGCGAGAUUCGUUACGAGGGCGUUCUCUAUUUCCUCAACGUUCAUGAUUCCACCAUCGGCUUGAAGAACGUUAGAUCCUAUGGAACAGAGGGGAGAAGAAAAGAUGGUCCACAAAUUCCUCCAAGUGAGAAGGUUUAUGAAUACAUUCUUUUUCGAGGAAAUGACAUUAAGAAUUUGCAGAUCAAGUCUCCCCCAACAUCUGCCAAAUCAGAAGAGCAGAUACAUAAUGAUCCAGCUAUUAUACAAUCACAGCUAAACUCUACAGCAGCCUCAUUUGGUGGGAGAAAUUCGACAGAAUCUAUUCAAAGGCAGGAUAGUGUUGAUAUGUUUAGUAAAGCUAUCCCUAUUGGGUUGCUGUCACCUCAAUCUGCAACUCAGCUAAACCCUUCAGAUCAGUCUGCUGCUACUCAAGUUGCUGGUCAUCCAUCCUUUUCCACAUCAAUGUAUUUGAACGGACACAGUGGGAUAUCAAGCAAUAACUCUAAUUCUCUGCUAUAUCCUGCUCUUCUUCAAUCACCGUCAAUGGUAGCAUCACCUUUACCUUACCAAAGUUGGAUGCAAACUCCGGAAACUGAGGUUCCUAACAAAGUGGGAUGGACACCUUUAUCAGACUAUGGUCUUCCUGUAUCUUCUACUAAUACUUCUCUUGUAAAUCAAACUCGCUCUCCAUCUCCUAACCCUUUACAAAUUUCUGAUUCACUUGAUGUUAAUUCCCUCUUACCUACUAAGGCACCCAUGCCAUAUCCUACGCCCAUGACUUUUGAUGGAUCAAACAUACAUUCAUUUUCUUCACCUCUCCAAGAAAUAAAUUCUAUUGAUAACCAAAUAGCUGAAAAAAUUUGCCCUGACCCAAGGUCAAUUUAUCUUGGACAUGCCUUUCAUCAUCCUUCUUCAUUUGUAGGUUACAGUUCAGGUCCCUUGCCAAUACCUCCAUCUUUGUUAACUCCAGAUCAAUUUGCACAUCCCAGAGAAAAUGUAUCUCCUUUAACACAGAAUUUGACCCCUAAUCAGAAAGAUAUGGGUUCUUUGAUUCCAACAUCUUCUAAUUCCUCUGUAUUGAUGCCUUCUAUAGUGUCUCAAGCACCACUACUGCCAUUACCAACUUUAGUGCCAAAGCCUCACUCAAUAGCUUCCCAGUUCAACGAAGAGUUUGAUUUUGAGGCCAUGAAUGAAAAAUUCAAUAAAGAUGAAGUAUGGGGUUCUCUUGGAAAGGCAACUAUGAACAUAGAAGGAGUGGAUGACAAUGCUUCUUCUAUCAGUUCAGGUGACAAAGACAGUCAAGGGAAGACACCAAGUCCUAAGUCUGCAUACAAGAAAGAUGACUUUUUUGACACAAUUUCCUGCAACUCUGCGAGUAGUGGAAGGAAUGGACAACACCGUUUAUCUGAGAGAAUAAAACUGGAUACCGAGACGUUUGGCAAUUUCCAACACAGGCCUAAUUUUGGCUAUGGUGGUGGUCGCGGUAUGAAUUUCAGAGGCUCAAAUAAUUGGGGAAGAGGUUAUGGUUAUGGUAGGAGAGGACGUGGCCCAAACUUCCAUCGUUUCUAGUGAC